AGAUCCUCCAACUUAGCCAGAGUUUCCAUCAUGUCCGCCAGAUCUGCCCACACUUUGACUCCAGUCAGAACUUACGACGCCCCUCCACCAGCUGCUUCCUACUCCCAGGCCAUUAAGGCUAAUGGGUUCGUCUACGUCAGUGGCCAGAUUCCUUUUAACUCUGAUAACAAGCCAGUCGGCGGCUCUGUCGCUAACCAGGCUGAGCAGUGUAUCAAAAACGUCUCUUCCGUUUUGGAAGCCGCCAACUCUGGCUUGAAGCACAUUGUGAAGGUCAAUGUCUUUUUGACUGAUAUGGCCGACUUUGCUGAGUUCAACGGCGUCUAUGCCAAGUACUUCAACGACCACAAGCCUGCUAGAUCCUGUGUUGCCGUCAAGGCCUUGCCAAUGGGGGUCCCAGUCGAAAUUGAGGCUGUUGCCGUUGAAAAAGACUAAACGUUGAGAGUGUCUAUAGUGGAUGUGGAAUAUCCCACUCUUCUAGUUAAGACUGUG